UUUUAACUUUUUUAUUUUCAGUAAAAAAUGUCCCACAUACGUGCAGUAUUAGUUCCAAGGUUUAAUCGUAAUAUAUUAGCAGCUCUGAGAUACUCAACGCAAAGCGGAGUACCGGGUAGUUCUGAUGCUGCUUACAGUAAUAAUGAUAUAAUUGCGCCCAGAGUGAGGAACAGAAAUCCCAUGAAUCUUGAGAUGAUGUGUAUUGGCAGAAAGCCUGAAGGAUUUCAACUGGAUAGUGCUCCCAGGAAAUAUUGGAAUGGGUUAACUUUGCAGAUCUCUAACCAGCACACUACAGCAGAGGUUCGGCACUGGACAGGUCGGGUUGUGGCGAAGGCUUCAACACGAGAAUGGCCAAUCAGAAAGCAGCUGUAUAACCUGACAGAUAGUGCUGCUGUGCAAACCGUGGCAAAAAUAAUCAGUCAAAGGUAAUUUUAGA